AAGGCAGAGAUCGAUCCCGAGCGGGGCGAGAACUGAUCGGGAGCACGAGUCAUCGGGGCCUGAGCUCGGAGUCGGACAACCUUCUAUCCCGUCCGUUCCAGCCCACGCUAGCGGUGUGUGCGGGCACCCGGCUGAGAGCCCCGAGGGGCUCCCAGGAGGCUUGCGCGGGCACGGGAGCACGCGAGGAGCCCCCGCCUCUUCCUGACUCGCUCUGGGAGUUGAGGACAGCAGCAGCAGAGGCGACAGCCGCAGCGGGCGGCCAGAGCUGGAGAAGCAUGAGCCUCAUCUGACCCCGAGCUCUCCUUCUCCGGCCGAGGACGCCCGGGCUACGCGUCCCACGAGUGGGCCGGGCCACCGGGCUCGACUCCAGGCGCCGCUUUGGAAGACGCUUUUGUUGGCUGCGCGGUGCGCCCGCCCGCCCGCUAGCCAGUCUGUUUGUCCGCCCGCCAGCCGCUCUGUCCGUCUGUCCGCCCGCCCCAAGUUCAAUGCUCCCUCGUUUUAGUUAGUGGAGCGUUUCAGGGGAGCCUUCUCUCGCUGGGAAAAGGUGAAGACGCCAUCUACAGUCAAAACGUAGACAACUUCUCUCCUCUCCUCCCCACGCCCCCCACCAAAAAAAAAAAAAAGGAGGAGGGGGACCCAGGGAUCCUGUAUGCUGUGCUUGGAGUUGCGGAGCCCCGCAGGCUGCAGCUUUCUUUUUUCUUUCCACGCUUUUGGGGCUUUGACUUUUCUUUCGUUCUUCCUUGGGCAGCCUGGCUCCUGGGCCCGCUGACCGCACUGCCUCGGACCCUGCCACCCCGGUGCGAUCCCGCCCUCUGGCCACUACCGCAGCUGGGGCUCUCUUUCCCCGCCUCGGAAGCUUCCCUGGGGCUCCCCAGAGGCAGUCGAACGUUGCAGUUCGCUGCGUUCUGAAGCCGGCUACUUUGUUUCCUUCACCGCGUACGUUCGGAAGCAUUAAAAAAAAUCGUUCGAACGGCGGUUUCAGUCCAUCGCCCGCAGUGGCGGCGGCGGUGGCGGCGUUCCGUGCUGGGAACAAAAGGAGCCGCUCGCCGACCCGCCCGCCCGCCGAGAAAGUGCUCCCAGGACCCGCUUUCCCAGCAGCGGAGGUGCCCAACGUAACCGCCUCUUUCUUUGCCCCUCGGAUUUCCUAACUCUUCCUGCACGCAGCCCCCUCCCCUUCUCGCUCCUCUUCUCUCCUCUCCUUUCGCUCCCCCCCCCCCUUUUUAAUCUCUAACACAAAGGCGCCUGCAGCCGGACUCGCCAGCGAUUGUAACCCGUCCCCACCGGGUUUUGUUGUUUGCGUGUGAUCGCCACCCUCAUGAACAUACAAAGAUCCACCCCGAUCACAAUCUCACGCUAUGGGAGACCUCGGACCAAAACCCAGGAUUUUGAAGAGCUGUCGUCCCUGAGGUCCACCGAGCCCAGCCAGAGCUUCAGCCCCAACCUCGGCUCCCCGAGCCCGCCGGAGGCUCCCAACUUGUCGCAUUGCGUUUCCUGCAUCGGGAAAUAUUUAUUGCUGGAACCUCUGGAGGGAGACCACGUUUUUCGGGCUGUGCAUCUGCACAGUGGGGAAGAGCUCGUGUGCAAGGUAUUUGAUGUCAGCUGCUAUCAGGAGUCUCUGGCUCCCUGCUUCUGCCUGCCUGCCCACAACAACAUCAACCAAAUCACUGAAAUCCUUCUUGGGGAGACCAAGGCAUAUGUUUUCUUUGAACGGAGCUAUGGGGACAUGCAUUCUUUUGUGCGAACCUGCAAGAAGUUAAAGGAAGAGGAAGCAGCCAAACUCUUCUACCAGAUUGCAUCUGCUGUAGCUCACUGUCACGAUGGGGGGCUGGUCCUUCGGGACCUCAAGCUUCGAAAGUUCAUCUUCAAGGACGAGGAAAGGACCAGAGUAAAGCUUGAGAGCCUGGAAGAUGCGUACAUCUUGAGAGGCGGCGAUGAUUCUUUGUCCGACAAACACGGCUGCCCGGCCUACGUGAGCCCAGAGAUCCUGAACACAAAUGGCAGCUACUCUGGCAAAGCCGCGGACGUUUGGAGCCUAGGCGUCAUGCUCUACACCAUGCUGGUGGGACGCUACCCUUUCCAUGACAUUGAGCCCAGCUCCCUCUUCAGCAAGAUCCGGCGUGGACAGUUCAACAUUCCAGAAACUCUGUCACCCAAGGCUAAAUGCCUUAUCCGUAGCAUCCUGCGGCGGGAGCCCUCGGAGAGGCUGACCUCACAGGAGAUUCUGGACCAUCCUUGGUUUUCAACAGAUUUUACCGUCUCAAACUCAGGAUAUGGUGCUAAGGAGGUAUCUGACCAGCUGGUGCCCGAUGUGAACAUGGAGGAAGAUUUGGACCCUUUUUUUAAUUGAGCACACUCAAAGACUCAGUGUCCAGAAGGUACGCGAGUCACGUGAAGGAUCCCUUCUUGACUGAGUUCUACCACCCACCCACAUCAGCCUAGCUUGGUAGCAAACGAGGGACACACUCAUGAGCGCCUGGGUUCAAGGAAGGAAGAUCCACCCUACGAGAGCUGCCCUACCCCACCACAUGUAGGACAGGGGGAUCACUGAGGCUGGGGUGGGGUGGGCCAGAGCAGAACUCUGCUAUAAGUGUAGACUGAUGGGAGUAGGGAGAGGGCGUGACUCCCCUCGACGUACCUUGGCUCCCAGGAGACAGCACAUGUCAACUCAAUUCCAGGGGCAGCUCUCGACUUCUCCAAUUUCUGUUUUGUUUGGCAGAUCUCAGAGGGAUCAAAACUUCCUUUUUUCCCCUUUUUUUGCCUCAGACACACAUCUUGGCAUCGCACUGUUAGUAUUUAAUUCCUUGUGAUUUAUUCAGGGAAGGGACAAUUGGCCAAUGAUUUUUACUUUUCAAGGAAACAAACUAACCUGUCUGAUAACUAAAAAGGACUCGCUCCAACACCAAACAAAAGCCGGUGCAAAAUGGUCUGGCAUGUGAAAAGUGGGUGCUAAGAGUGAACCCAGGAAGAGUUCAGUUCACGUCUGAUCUGUUUCUUCUGAGUCAAUUAGUUGGUGUUCUCAUCAGGAGUUGACACUUGGUUGAGUGCUUCAUGCCCCUCAUGGGGAAGGUUCUCUCCUUCAGCAAACCCUUCUGUUUUGUCACAGAAAGCUAUUAGGACUCAAAUUCCUAGAGCAUUACUGCUAGAAGAGCUAAUUAUUGUUUGUUUGUUUGUUUGUUUUUUUAAUAGAAAAAGAGAGGGACAUUGAGAGAGAAGGCUAGGGAAGCGCAAUGGCAUUUUGUUAUUGAUGAAAUAGAUUGGGAACACUGGCUUCCCUGUUUGCCGUGCUUGGUAUUAGCAAAAGGGCCAGAAAGAACGGGAAGCUAUUAAGUCACUGUGUGACUUGGGUCCAUUGGUCCUGUCUCUUCUCUUGGCCUCAGUUUCUUCCUCCUUGAAACAGGAGGGUGAUUGCUAACGUCCCUUCCAACUCUAACGUUCUAGGUUCCAGAUUCCCUCCUGAGUCUCACCUCGGACUAUUCUGUGAUUCUCAACAUAAGGUUUGACACAAGAGCAUCAUAACUGGGUGGCCCCAGGGUAAAAUCCAGGGUCUCUCCUUGUUCUCUUUCUGAGAGGAGGAGCCCAGCCCUGGCUGGGCACGUCUGCUGCCCCACUGGAAGAGGGCUGUUAAUUAAUUAGCUGACGGCUUCUGAUUUGGAACAGCAGCCUGUCAUCCUCACACUCAGCAAAGAGGAAAGAUGCACCUUUGUUUUCUAUUUGUAUUGUCCGGAAUCACUCUAUUUAUUAAGGAAAAAGUCACAGUUGUGAUAGAUUAAUGCCAGUAUGUCAAUUACGGGUUCCCCGGGAUGACAUGUUACAUGCUGUAACUGACAAUGGUCAUUUUUUUUUCCUUCCUCUGUUCGGGUAUUUGUCCCUGAAAUGACUGUUCCUUUGGCUUUCCUAGGUAGCUAGCUUUCUUUGAUUUAGCCUGGCAGAUUCCCAUUUUUCUCUUGCUGUAUGAUAAGGAACUCCCUUGGCCUCUGUCUUUGUGUUUCCAGUAUGUACCUCAUUGUCGGGACUUCACUGCCUGUGUGUGUGUGUGUGUGUGUGUGUGUGUGCUUUGUGAAAUGGUCCCAUUUUCUGGGUUGGUGACACGUGGACUCUCUAGGAUGUACAUGUUACUUGAAUUUGUGUUUUGUUAGAGUAUGUGGCAUGGACAUGCAGAUGCUUGGAUGCUGCCAACCUGCCUGGCAGGAUAUAACACGGUCACACUCUCAAGACAACUGUUCCCAGGAGACAGAGCUGCCGCCGACCUGCCCUCGGUUUCAUGUGGGUCACUAAGACUCUCUAGAGGAGGAUUGUUUUAUUUUAUUUUAUUUUAUUUUAUUUUUUACACUCUGAAGAUGGUGCUGUGUCAAGAAGGACCUUUGAUUUCUCCGUUUGUUUGUCUGUCUGCUUUCUCCCUCCCCCUCCCCCAACCCUGCCUCAUUUUUUUUUUUUUUAAGUCCCUAGUAGGAAGAAAGAUCGGUGAUGUGCAUGGCGGGCUCUCCACCCUCUGGUGCUUUGUCACGGAUUUCGAUUUCAUGUUUUUGUCCUAAUCUCUUCAAUAAAUAAAA